AUGGAAGUGGUCCAGUGGUGGUCGAUGCAGAUGCAUAUCUCACAGCUUGCCGCUGCGAAGGAUGCGACAACAAUUGAGAGGCUGCAGAAGCAGCUGACCAAUCGCAAUGAAAGGUACAACGAAUUGUACGCUAACCUAAGCAGAAUCUUCUCGAAGGUGCAGCUACAGAAGUUGCAAAGCGGCAAACGUGUGGUGUGGCAGCAGCGGGAUCUGCGCGACUUCUGUGGGCUGUAUGUCACCAGUCCAAGUGUCUACAAUAUGCUGCUCAAGAGAGCCUAUCCACUGCCAUCUGAGAGAAAGUUGCAGCUGGGGGAGGCAACAAAGCGCUGCCAGGAAGUCGACGAUGAUUCAGAGAGCUGCAGCAAUCGGUUUCAAAUUGAAGGCGAACAGGACGAAGCGCAACAGGUCACAAAGCAGCAGCAGGAGACUGUGUUUACAACAUCGAAGAGCUUUAAUUAUUUAACACCUAGGCUGCAAAAUCAAUAUAAAUUAGUUUCAUAUAAACAAGUAUACAUUAUAAAUUAG